CAGGAAGUGUUUAUGUCGCUGAUAUCGUCACAAUAUGAAUAAGCAUAAACCAUUGUUUUGAAGUGGGAACUGAUUGUUUAUGUAUCUGUUGUUCGUCGGAAUUUCGGUCCCUCGACUGCGCGGCAAAAGCAGGGGCAAAACAAAAGCAUGUGGAUAUAAUUUCAACAAAGAAGCUUGCUUUAGACUGAGAUCGUUUCUGUGACUUAACUGCUAACCAUGGGGCUUCGGUCAGCUCAGAAGAAGCAUUUCCCUCUCCGGGGAAUUGAUGGAGUGGUGCAGCUUUUCCAGUCUGAGCUUAACAAUCCAGAACCAGACCUAGCCUUGUUGUCUCUUGUGCUGGGUUUUGUAGAGCACUUCCUGGCUGUCAACAGAGUUGUUCCCAUCAAUGUCCCAGGGGUUCGCUUUGAACCUCUUAAACCUGACUGCCUCAACUCUUGUUUCCCUACCGUAGAGCUAAAUCUCAUAUCUGCCCUCUAUGAACGCUUCACAGCACAGAUCCGUGGUGCUGUAGACUUGUCCCAGUUCCGCAGACCUGCUGGCGGAUCUAGCCGUGAGUUGGUGAAGAAGGUCUCGGAUGUGAUCUGGAACAGUCUUAGCCGGUCAUAUUUCAAGGACAGAGCACACAUUCAGUCCCUCUUUAGUCUCAUCACAGGCACAAAACUGGACAGCUCAGGAGUAGCAUUUGCUGUGGUAGCUGCAUGUCAAGUGUUGGGCCUGAAGGAUGUUCAUCUUGCCCUCUCUGAGGACCAUGCAUGGGUGAUCUUCGGAAAGUGUGGGGAAGAAACCGCAGAGGUCACCUGGCAUGGAAAGGGCAAUGAAGACAGAAGAGGUCAAACUGUCAGUGCUGGAGUCAGUGAGAGGAGCUGGUUGUAUCUUAAAGGCUCCUAUAUGAAGUGCAACAGAAAUAUGGAAGUAGCUUUCAUGGUUUGUGCCAUCAACCCAUCUCUAGAUCUGCACACAGACAGCACAGAGUUACUGCAUCUCCAACAGAGACUGCUAUGGCUAUUGUACGAUCGAGGUGAUCUGGAGAGUUAUCCUAUGGCAAUGGGCACUUUAGCUGACCUUGAAGAUCAGGAACCCAUGACUGGCAAGGAAAGCCCUUUAUCUAUUCACCUUAAGGCUGUUGACUCCGCAAAAAAAUAUUACAACAACGAGCACAUCUACCCUUUUAUGUAUCUGGCAGGAUACCAUUACAGACAUAGAAAUGUCCAGGAAGCUUUGGGAGCCUGGGCAGAAGCAGCAUCAGUAAUGCAAGAUUACAAUUACUGUCGAGAAGAUGAGGAGAUCUAUAAGGAGUUUUUUGACGUUGCUAAUGAUGUCAUUCCCACCCUCCUUAAAGAAACUGUGGCUGCUGAAAGCGGAGAGGAGGCUGAAGGGACAGAAAAGGACCAGCCAAGACAGGUUUCUGCCUUAUCUGCACUUCAAGACCCAGAGUGCUUUGCUCACUUAUUACGGUUCUAUGAUGGGAUCUGCAAAUGGGAAGAGGGAAGUCCCACACCAGUGCUUCACGUAGGCUGGGCCACAUACUUGGUGCAGUCCCUCAGUCGUUUUGAUGCACAGAUCAGACAAAAAGUAUCAAUCAUCACCAAAGAAACAGAACCAGUGGAUGACGAUGACCAGUCUAGUGACGACCCACGUGAAGGACGUAGACGGGGCCCGAGACGAGAAUCCAAGCUAGAUGAACAAGCCGGACCGUCUCCUCCAGGUGCAGCCUUGCCUCCUCAAAAUCCUGUGCCCAAAAAAGUGGGCGGAGAAGGGGGACGAAGACGAUCAUCUGCUGGAGGUCGAGGGAAAGAAGCAGAUGGCAAAAAUGAGCCAUCAUCACCAAGUCCCACACCUUCACCUCACCAACAAACCGUAGUUUUGGGAGGGCCAGUCGUGGUUUUUCAUAGCGAGAAAAUGAAGGGUAUGAAGGGGCUGCUCUCUGCAGCCAAGAUCAACUCUAGUGCCAUUAAAUUGCAGCUCACUGCUCAGUCCCAAGUUCAAAUGAAAAGACAAAAACCCACACCUUCUGGAGAUUACACUCUGUCCUUUAUGAAGCGCCCUCGCAAAACACUUUAAAUUCCCUGUUAAGAGUUUGGUUAAUUUUCAACAGUUGCCAGAAAGCUGGAGCCAGAAAACAAUUAUUAGGUCAAUUGUGUUUUAUUAUUUGAUAGUAAUUUUAUUGAAUUGCCUGAAUUCUGUAUAGACAGUUAAUUACAGUAAAUUAUUUUGAAAAAAUUCUAACAGGCCAAAGUUAUUGUCUCUCUUUAAGUGUUCAGAUAACAGGUAACUCAACAAUGUAUGAUUUGGUUUGCUGUCUUACACAUUGGAUGCAAAUCUAAAUGUUCUCAGUCGACAUCGUUUCGUUUUGUAUUUGUUUUGUUGUUUUAACUGCCAGAUUUCAUAGAUUGUAUCAAAGUUACAGUUUCAUGGAAAUUGUUAUUGUUGAGAGAUCCAAAGUUUAAUGAUUCUGUUGUAAAAACCUUUUCUAAGUGUUGAAGUGUAUUAUCAAAUAAAACAAAA